AUGAAUCGUGGACCAUUUUAUCGUAUGGCCGUUGGUGGUGCCCUUACUUUAGGUGUUUUAGCCGGUACUCCAAUUUGCAGACCAACUUUUGGUAAUUUUUUACAAGCUAAUCAAGAUCAAGAAAAACGUGAAAAAGAAAUUGUUGCAAUUAUGAAGGGUGAAGUUGUAGAUCACCAUCAUCACGAUGACAAACAUCAUGGUGGUAAACACCACGAUGGUGCUAAAGCAAAAGGACAUCACUAA